UUUAAACAAAAAGCUAUAUGUAUACAAUCUAUAUAUUUAAUGCUUAUAUUUAUCAAAAAAAAAUGUUAAGGCACACUAACAAAAUAUCUUUAUAGAAUGAUCAAUUUCUCCUUCUUUUUUGCAACAAAAAAUCGAUGAUGUGAUUAAUAACACGAUGUCAAAAUGCAAAUAGAAUUAGCAUAGCAUACAACUGCGUUCUUGUUAAGAAAAUUCCAGCAUAUAGUUUAUCAAUACAAUUGUACUGUAUAGCAUACAUAUAGCAUUGUGUUUCCCAAAUAUAAUGAUAUCGUUUUAUGAAGGAUAUUGUAAGUUAUGUAAGUGCGGCAUUGUAUAUAACAUUCACAUUCAAGAGUUCGUUUUUUUUUUUUUGUAACAUCAACUGUAUCAAAUCUAAUAAUAUACAUAAUAUUAUUUGGACUUAAAUAUUUAUAGAACUAUAAAAGUGAUAUUGGCAGUCGUUGAUCGUACGUUCGAGCAAAAAAUAUAAAAAGUUAUAUUAAGUUGUUGUAACAGUAUCGGAAUAAAAAUAUCGAACGAGGCUCAUUUAUUUCUAUGAGCUCUUUUCUUAUGUCAAAUAGUUCUAUUAGACAUGUUCAGAAACGUUUAUGAACGAUCUUAUAAUUUAUACAAAAAAUCUGUUGUUGUUAAUCAUAAAGUAAUAAUUUUUGUUAAAGAAAAAAAAAAUAAUAAUAAUGAUAUAUGUAAAAAUGCUGUUUGAAAGUAUGAGAAACUAAAUAGGGUUUUGAUUCCUUGUAGCAAUGUUGCCUUAUAUUCGAAAAGAUGAUUGCUGGUUAGAUCAAUCAAGGUGUGAAGAAAGUUGAUGUUUGUAUAGAAGCCUCUGACUGAUCAACCAUAGUCUUCCGCUUGUUAUGUAUGUGUUUUCUAUUGAUAUACACAUUUUAAAUAAAUAUUAAUAAUUGAAUGACUAUAUUUUUCUUUUCCACAUUUGAGCAACUUCAUUAAUGAUUGAUAAAUGAUUGAACCUGUUAAGCUACUCAUAUCUGUUUUUAUGAAAAGAUCCUUUCUAUGGAUCCUAUUAAAUUACGUUUCUAUAUCGAACGAUAUGAAAAAGAAAGUCGUACAUUGAAGCUACAAGAAAAAUACGUUCUUACAACUCAAAUAAAAUCUUUGACUGGAAAAUUCUAUGCACGUCAUGACGCUAUUUCUUUACUUGACAUUCCAGAAGAAUAUAUUAAUUUUAUUGAGAAACGUACAGUUUUGAAACCAAAAGAUAUUUAUAAAUUUAGACCUCCUUCAGUUAAUAUGGAAUAUGGAUGGUUUACAAAACCAUUGAUACCAAGAUCAGUUGAUCCAAGAUUAUAUUUUGCUAAAAAAGAGUGUGAUUUUAUUAAGAAAGAGUUAUAUCAACGACAUCUUCAAAAAGGUCUACCAGUAGAGAGAUUUACUGGUGUCCCAUUUAAAACAUGAUACUUUUAUGCACAUAAAAUAUAUAUAUAUACAUAUACAUAUAUAUAUAUAUACACAUAUAUAUCCAUAAAAUCUAAAGAUAAAAUUUUAUAUCUUCGUUUAU